GUAAGAUUAAAAUAGACUCGAUUCGUCUCACGAAACACCUUUCCCUGCAAAAAGACGGCGAGCAGCAGCCGGGCGCAGCCUUCUUCUACCAGGAGCAAGAAAACAUAGCAUUUUUGCAAGAAGGCGACAUUGUCACGGCUUUAUCGGGGGAGUUUCUGCUCCGCAGCCGCGAGGUCGUAGCUGAGGCGACGGAAGAAAGUAGUGUACCAGCAGUAGUUCCUGAAGGUGGAACAAUCGGAAUACCAAACGGCGCCGGCGCGGGCGACCCCGAAGGCGCGCGGGUCGGGAAGGGAACUGCAAAGAAGGUGAAGCAGGAAAAGAUCAUAACGUCUUCCCGCGUGUUGGUGCAAGCAGGGUGUGAGCACGAUCUCAAGAUUGGGUACGUUACCCUCCGAAAAUCAACGACAAUACGGAUGGUUGAAGAAGCGAGGGAUGUUGGAGAUCUUUCCUCCACCCAGGAGGAGUCCUCGACCUUUUCCUCUUCACAGAGCGGUGCUGUAAGCGGGGAUUCUUGUUCGAUAUCCUGCACCUCAAGUAAGACAAAUGCGAACGGACCAACCACGUGCGCCGCGACUACAGGACAAACCACAAAGACGGACGAGGUGUUUCUGGAGCCGCUGACCCCGGGGGAGAAGUAUCGCCUGGAGAAAAAAGCGGCUUCGAAGCUGCGGAACGCAGCCAAUUUGCGCAACGCGAUCUUCGACUACAUGACGUCGAAUUAUGGUGAGGCCGCUCACGGCGCCUUGUUGGAGGACAGUAGCUUUGUCAGUUCAAGAACAUGCUCCAGCAGCACUGCUGCUGCUGCUGCUCAAGAGGAUCACUUGCGAAGCGAAGAUCAGAAUAAAGUUCUCCGUCCUUAUUUCCAGAAGGAUGGGGCUGUUCAACAGGAGACUACACGGUCGCCGGCUGCUGGCGCUGCACAACUCGCGGCGCGGGAAAAGGAUGGCAAGAAGGUCGCUGUAUUGAAAAAUCAUGGUAAACAGAUCAACGAGCGGAGGGAGCUUCUGUACAUGAACGUGUUGCCGGGGGAGUUGGUGUUUGUCCGACGGAAAAUACUGCACGUUGCCGCCAGCACGACGACUGCUGCUGCGAAAAUUAGAAGUCACGAAGAGACCACCGGAGAUGAAAACCAAACCACGGCGGCUGCCGCGAAAGCGAAAGUGAAGCAGUACUGCUACAAGCCUGGACGGAUCAUUGCACGGCCAGAAAUCCGAGCGAAUCUUCAUUAUGAUCCGCGGCAAAUAAAUGUAGUUGAUCAGCACACGGCGGGGGUGGAGCCAAACAGGAGUAUUGACGGAGUCAUACCAGACGGCACUGGCGCGUUUAGUUCCUCGUCCCCUCCACGAGAGCUGCUGCUGUUGUCGCAAAACCAUAACCGUAGUAAAGUCUUGGUGCAGUGGGAAGUAGAUGAGGAUGAGGGAAAAAUGGAAAGGGACAACCAAAACGACAAGAACAGCCGCAACACGAGCGAGACAGAAGAGGUGUUUGUGCACGACAUUUUCCAGUACGGCCCCGGAGGUGCGCUGCGGAGCUGCAGAGUCGUGCCGAUAAGGUCCGAGGAGACAGCACUACCCUACAGCUUUCCAGUAUGGAACUGUCAGGAUCGAAAUCGACAAAGUUGAGAUGAUUUGUCAUGCAUAAAAUGGAUGCCAGUUGGAACCCAGUUUCUAAGUGGCGCAUGACAAAUUUUGGUGGUGCCUGAAUCCAGUUUGUAAUGCUGUUCGGGUAAGGAAGACGCCUUUUGUCAUGCUACUUUAGCAGCUCGACUUCUACCCCUCAACAGGCUUACAAUCUGCCUCCCUUGCCAACUCUGCAAUGCAGACACUUUGUGGGUUGCAUUUUAUGCAUCACAAAUUUUUUCGACUUUGACGAUUUCAAUCCUGACGCUUCCAUAUCCAGAAGGCAGUGGCACCAGCGUGGAGGUGGAAGUGGAUGGCUAUCAAAUGUAAAAAUGUCUGGGUCUGGAAGAAUGCAAGAUUUGUGAUGCAGGUUUUCCAUGACCCAUGAGGUCUGGAAUGCGAGACCCAACAUGACAGAUUCUUUGAGGUCUCUAUCAUGCCUUUCCUGCAUGGGAAACUUCCUCUCAACUUGGUCAAAAGCAGACAGCUUUUGGCACUCACGCAACACAGAUUUUUGCAUCAUUUAGAUUUAGCAUGACAAGUUCUAAUCUUCCAGACCCAGACACUUUUGCAUUUGAUAAUGGCAGUGCGGAUGCGAUUAGCGCUGGCUCCGGGGGGUCAGCCGGACGAGGACCUUUUGCAGGACAUACUUUUGCCGUGCCCACGCCGAGUCGCACGAGCGACACCAGAUCUGCUUCGCUUCGCCCUUUCGCGAUUUUAGCGGGGGAAAUAGCCGAGAUAGAAAGGAUCUGCUUUUCCUUUGCCGAGCGGGUGAGGGCCUUUGUCUUACCAGACUGGGAGCGGGACUUUUCCGCAGAGCAGAAUCUUGAUCUUGCGACAGGAGGAAUAAAAGAUCACGGCGGAUCUUCUGUGAAUAUGAAACUUGAAGGUGGUCCACCAGCAAGUACUACGGCAGUCUGUUCGCAGAACUUCAACUCGCCUUGCACUAUCGCCGCUUUGCGAAGGCAAGCGCUGGCUUACGUUCGGAAAGAGAUCAACAUUUUGGGAAAGAUGUUUGGCGACUGUGCUGCCGGACGAGAGCACCAACAGCAAGAGAAAAGUGAAGACUUCGCUGAUGUUUGUGAUGCUAGAAGAACUACAAAAACUACCCAACCUCUUCUCUCUGAGAAAACCACGGAGACGAGUGGGGGCGCGACGCGUGCGGGACUACAAGGGGAGCUACGAAUUAAUGGCAGGGGUACAAAUGAUUUGAAUUUUCUCCUCCUCGAGCGAUGGGAAGCUCGUCUGGAAAAGUGGGAAGACAAACUUCUGCUCCUUGCUGACGCACUGGACGCGAUGCGGCAGAAGAUAGUGCACAAAUGGCGCGACUACGCACAUCUGGUGGAGAACGUGAGAGGGGAAUUUUUCGUCAGUGAAAACUGGGGUCGGAAUUACAGGAAAGACGAUCCGGAGCGAGAAAACCAUCAAAACGGUCGUGCAGCUGGUGGUGGUGGUACCAUCUGCCAGCACCACACUGUAACUAGUGGCAAGGAAGAUUUUGGUGUGCAGAAAAUGCGUACGGGCAACGGAAGAUUCAAUUUCGAAACCUACUUCGACAAUCUUCUUCUGACGCAAAACAACUGCACAGAGUUGGUCAAUGAUCUGCAGGUUAAUUUCUUGGAACGGUUGAAACAUUUGCUGCAGUCGCAGCUUUUUCCGAGGUAUUUUUUCGAGCGAAUUUGGCUGCGGGAGCAGGAGCGCGCCCCGUGCAACGCCGUGAGGGAAAUGGAGGAUAAGUUCUUUGGGGGUUUUAUUUGGAACAGGACGAAGCCCAAAGUCAACGCCGCAGUAGACGCAGUCUCGCCGAGGCCGAGGGAAAAGCAGACAGUAGAAGUGGGUACGGAUAAUUUCUUGGUAGUAGCGGAAGAAACUAACGGGGACGAGAAAACGAACACUCUCGAUGCUAGGACUACUUCUGCUACUCCGGAAGGGAAGAAGGCGGAAGUAGUCGUGGAUGCAAAAGAUCCUGCGAGUAUAAUUAUAUCAGAAACGUCGCUGCAGCUGCACUCAACCUCCACCACGCAUCUUGAAGGAGCAAGGAAACAGCUAAAAUUGCGCCUCGCGGCGAAGAAGGUGGAAAUCGAAAUUCUCCGUAACAAGUUCGAGGCAGCGGGGGUUUCUUUUGAUAGUACAGCUGGCGCAGCAGGGUUCUGUUUGGAUCAAGAUCUGGGCGACAGCACUGCAGAGCCUGCAGAUGAUCACGGCCACGAGGAUGAUCAGGACCGGAACCGCUUAGAAAACACCUGCUCCCUCCUAGCCGCUCGACUCUUUGAUCGAUUCACAACGAAGGAACGUAUGGAGCUUUUCUCCUUGGAGAUUUGGGAAGUGUUCGUGACGGAGUGUCUGCAGAAGUUGGAAGGAGCAUGAAGACUGUUAGCUUGUCUUUGUCAAGUGGAACAAGUCAGUCUGGUCAGUCAGUAGAGCCAAGCCACAGCAUAACCAUAAUCCAAAGCAGCAUGGUUUUUCACGAAUAAAGAUAAGCCGGCUCUUGUAGCAGUGAUACUCGAACCAUGCACCAGUGGCUGUUCAAGGUCAGGAGCGAUCGGUGAGUUUUCCUCAGCGAAAAAGUGAAAAGCGCUGCACCAGAAUGGUGUUUCUGCUCUGCGGAGUACUACUUUGUACAGCGACCCGAAGUCGCAAGUCAUAGAGUACAUAGACGGUGC